AUGCCAACAGGACAGGAGAAGUUUGUUGUCAUCGGAGACCUCGAAGGUUGGGGAUAUUCUAACAGUGAUAUUCGUGCAUACCUUGGAGCUCUAACCAUUUUGCAGGAUUACUACCCCGAGAGACUAGGGAAAUUGCUUAUCGUCCAUGUGCCUUACAUAUUUAUGACAGUAUGGAAAAUUGUCUACCCUUUUAUCGACAACAAUACUAAGAAAAAGAUUGUGUUUGUGGAAAAUAAACGACUUAAAUCAACUCUGCUCCAAGACAUCGACGAGAGCCAGCUUCCAGAGAUUUAUGGAGGCAAAAUGGCAUUGGUUCCCAUCCAAGACAGCUAA